ACGGCGAGAAGCGGUCGGAAAAAUGGCGUCCGAUAACGAAGCCUCUUGCGCGAGUGACCCAAAUUUCGCGGUGAUCUGCUCGUUCCUCGGCUGCUUCGGCAAGUCCUGCGGUAUCAUUUACCCGGACAUGGCGCGGCUCCAGGAGAUGCUCGAGAACACGCAGGAAGUGUCACAAGAAUUAAUAAACCUGCACAUCAAACUAUUACGUAAGACGCGUAAAACCGUAUCGCCAGAAAAGUGGGAAAGGGCGCUAGUCAAAUUUUGCCACACGUACUCUAAUCAGGAUGGAUGGGAACUUGAACGGUUUGGUUACAAGAAAGCCCGCAUUGCUGUCAAACUACGUUUACUUAAAAUACUAUUGGAAACACAAUUUGACUUGAAUCAAAAGUUUAAGAAUGAGGUGAACAAAUUGGCAGCGGAUGAGUUACGCGUGGAACCAUUAGGAAGAGACAAAAGUGGAUUAGCGUAUUGGUGUCAGCUGGACGAAGAGUGCAACAUAAGGGUUUACAGGGAAGAUUUGGACGAAGAGAAUUGGGAACUAGUAGCUAAGGAUCGAGAGGGUGUUGCUAAUCUCAUAAACACCUUGUCGAACGGUGAGGCUGGGGCUAUACCGAUUAACGAAGACAGCAACAGUCUAGAGAUCUCUGAGAAGCCUAUAAUAGACACUGGCCAAGUGACUACGUCUCCGAGUUUGGAGGACGAAGAGAACGGUGUACAAGAGAACGGUGUUCACACGGACGAGAUGAGUGACAAACAACUCCCGAAUGGAAGGACCGAUGAAUUCGAGGACGAACAAGAAGACGAUCGAGUCCUAAAUCGGGAGCAGGAUCGGAACCAAGGUCAAGAUCAGAAUAAUAUCGUAGAUGAAGCUGAAAAUGACGAGGAAGAAGACAUUGAUGGAGAGGAGGAAGAGGAAGAGGAACAAGAGGAGGAAGAGGAGGAAGAAGAAGAGGAAGAGGAAGAGGAGGAGGAGGAGGAAGAAGAAGAGGAGGAGGAGGAAGAGGAUAUAACGAAUGACGAGAGUUCCAAGCAGAUUACAGAAGAAGAUGAUUCUCAAGAAAUGGUACAAACUCCGAGCACAGAAUCAAGGUACACAAACGCUUCAUCUUUAUUACCGGCAACCCAUACAAAAACUCUAAAAGUGGAUGCAAUACCAGAAGAUACGUGUCACAAGGAAGCAGGCAACGAAACGUCCGCUUCCUUGACGUCGGAGACCAAGUCCCCGGUAACGCACAACGCGCUCGCGAUAACGGGUGUUGCAAAGACUGAGGAAUCGAUGCCGUUAAAGUCGAUAGAAACACCCGUUAUUACUUCAUCUCCACUGAAACUGGUAAACAUCGCAGAACUUAAACAGCCGGAAGAAAAGUCGGUGAGCGCAGUCACGCCUAUCGACGUACCCUUAAAUGCCGCCAAGAAACACGGUGCCUCGGAUGAAACGGCAGAUCCGAGCGCAAAGCCUCUUCCGGAUAAACUACCUGGGAAGAACACUCUAUCCUUUUCUUCCGCGGAUUCUACUCCGAUAGGACACAGCAAGCUGUCGGUCAAACCGAUAGAUCAACUGGCUGCGAAUCUCGUGAGGAUACAAUCAGAAAAACUGGAGAAACCAACCGCGCCGAAAUCGCUGGAAAAGAUAGCCGAGUCUCUAGCGAGAUCCAGCGGCAUGUUGGGAAGUAUGGUUAACGGAAGUGAGGAUGACCGGCUACCGCAAGACUUUUGUGCGCGGAAUCAAUCUGAGAAAUCGGCAACGCUCAGAGGCCACCGAGGCAUAGAUCUGUCGACGUCGCCGCGCAGUUGGGAAAGCGCAAAUGAGCAAGACAGACCGAUGGAUUUCUCCGGGAUCGAUCUUUCUAGUCGAAAAUUGGGCAAGACGGUGGAUCUGCCCUCCCCGGGUUACAGAGCGCAACCAGAUUUUCAGCAUCGAGAGAUGGAUCUAAGCACGAAAAAGGUGAGCAAGCCGGAAGUGCCGAACUUACCAUAUGACGCGCGUAGCGUGAUGAUGCGUAAUCACGCGAUGGUAGCGGACCUGAGCAAGCGGCAAAUGCCGUUCACCGCGUACGAGAUGUCGUCGACGCCAUAUCACAACGCGGCUAGAUUACCCGCCAAGGACGAGCAUAGAUUGCCGAGUUACACAGUACUUCCCGAUCCUAGUAAAAUCACGGCUCUGAGGAUAAACACCGCGUCGUUGAAACGUCCGUUGGAAGGUGACGACGCGCAACAGGACAUGCUAAAGAGGAUAAGGGCGGAUGUGAUACCAAUCAGGGGUUCGAUGGACAAGAGACCGAUGAUGGGAGGCGGUAACUGGCGAGAGGAGGUAGGCGAGGCUAUCGAGGAACCGAUGAUGAUGGUUCAAGGCGAGGGAUCCGGCAGCGAUUGUGACGCAGUGAAUCCUGGUGUUGGCGAGGCCGUCGAAGAGCCGACAAUCUUCUUUCACGGCGAGGGUUCUGGCGCUGAGUGCGAGACUGGUAAUCCCGGCGACGACACGUCCACUGACAAUAAAGAAAGCAACGAAUCAAAAACCGAACCUGACUCGGCUACUGCGACCUUGCCGCAGAAUAAGGUCUUGAGUGAGGACGAGACCGUAUCUGCGAGCACGGUACUGUCGAAUAAACCCCCUGUAAAAUUAAAUAGGAAUUAUCCACAGUCUAAUGUAAGCGUAAAUGAUAAUUGUCAAAUAGUAGAUUCUAUACAAGAGAAGCCAAAGUUCAAGCCAACGUUAGGCGUCCAGAUAAUACCUGAAAGUACAACCGGUCCCGUCAAGAAGCUGUCCAGAUGGGACGUAGGCAAGCCGGAGGAAAAAGUAGACUGUGACAAUAGUAUCAUAUCAAACGAAGAAGACAUAUCACUGAAGCGGACGACGGACGAUGAUAAUGAGCGCGAGGAUACGAAGCAAACGCCAUUAAUUACGGACGCAUUAACGACAAAACUUGGAUACGAGGACACUGUCGGCGAAAAUCAAGAUAUCAAGAUAGAGGAGAGUUCGGUAAACGCGGAGAGUGCAACGAAUGAAGGGAGUGCCAAGUCGCAAGUGUCUGAUGUGAGCUUGGAACGUACGAAUACGAUGGAAGAGGAAAGGUGUUCUAAGCUUCAGGAGCCUAUGCAGUGUGUCUCGUCUGUAUCGACAUGUCAAGCGGAUACCUCACAGAUCCCCGAAUCGUGUACCAUGAACCCUGAACCUACGGUACCUAUAACCGAUAUGCAAAGUGCAAAAUCCGACUCGGACAGCGUGGUUUCACGCGAAUCAAAUGUCUCCGGAGCAGUCGAUGACGAGUGCAAGCCAGCAGCUGCAUCACCACCGAGAUUUUUUUUUGGUCCCAAUUGCGUAGCAUAUACCUCGAAAUGUGACGAAUUGGAGUCACAGUCAGAGCACGAUCUGGCUACGUCUGCGUCUGAUAAAACUGUAGAUACUGUGCAAUAUGAGUGCGUGUCUUCGUCGAAGCCAGCAGACGGUACGAUUUAUCCGUGUCAGACGGGAGAUUUCGACCUGGCUCAAACCAACAAUAACUCGUUGAAAGCAAGCCCGUUUGCUUCGGAAUCUGACAGCGCUCUACGCGGAAACGGUAGCGAAGACGCGGAAAAGAUUGAGGAACCGAAUAAGGACACACAGUGGAACCAACGAGCUUUGACGGUCGAUAGCUCGAGAGAAACGAAUGAUACAGCCGAAGACAACGUUACUAAUUCGUCUAUUGCACAAAUAGAAAUGGACACGAAAGAGACAGUUUGCACCGAGAAGGAAAUGAAAGAGGAUGUCUCUUUGGAAGUAGAUACGAGCUCUACGUCAGAGACUGCAACUGAGAAUGAAAAUGUCAACGACGAAAGUGUCACUGAGGAAGAACCAAUUAAGAUCAGUUCGAUCAGCGAGUCUAGCGUGGUUCAACCAGAGGAAAGUGGGAGUGUCGAGCCACCGCAAUGUGACAGAUCUGAUCUCGAAAAACCUGUGAACACAGUGAAUCAGGAAAGUUUUUCUCCCGAAAGAAUAGGCGCCAUUACGUCGCACGUGCUGGACGAUAAAAAGAACGAGGAUGAAAUAUCGCUAGCUGACGACUGUAAAAACGAUUGUCAGGUGGCGUCUAAUUCAGAUAUGUUUGAGGAUGAUCAGGAGAGGAAAGAGUCUGUGACGCAUUCUACAUCAUCAUCGUUUGUGCAAAAUGUACAAGUAGAACACAGGACUGGUCUCGAGGAGUUUGGGGACAGAGACGACGAUUCGAGCAAAUUGUUAGAUUCUACCGACGCAGUGGAAUGCGCGAGUUAUCAUCGGGAAACGAGCACGCCUCCGAAAAACGAUCUCGAUUCCGCUGGAGAGAGCUGCGACAAGCAGAGUGACAAGAACGAUAACUUUUCUGAGAUCGAUGGUCAAGAGGAUCACUCAACCGAUACGGAUAACGAGAAGAUGAAAGGCUUGACCGGCUCCGAUGCCGAUUCAGUAUGCGUAAAUUACGACAAAAAUAGCGAAAGGACUGACGCGUUAUCGGACAUGGGGAUGCAGGACGAUGGAUCGGGCGAUUCCGAGGAGAUCAAAGAGAAGGGAUUGAACGACGCGCAAAUCAACGACGCUGUAUUUGAUAUCGAUUCCUCAACGCAUCUUGCUGAAAGUUCUGUAGUGACUAGUUCGGAGACCGCUCAAGACGGCGACAAUUUAGUUCCUACUGUAAGCAGCUCAGAGAACAUCUGUGUGCAGUACUCUUCGUCUCGGGAGAGCGAACCAGAGCAGAUGGAUGAUGAGAAAACCGAGAACAGAUCGUCUAGCGCCGACAAUCUCUCCACAUCUGACAUUCUACCAGCGGUGGUGCCUGAAAUGAAUACCUUUGAGCCGUCCGAGUCCCCCAUCGUUGAAGCUACGAGAGAAACGAACUCGUCCAACUUGGUGCAGAGUACGAGCGAAUAUGCUGACGAUGUUUCGGAAAAUCCCAGUUCUUGCGUCGAUCAAGAUUCGAAUGAGGAAAUGGUUAUAGACGAUCGAGUGUCGGAAUCAAAUGAGUCGUCUAAAGAGACUGAGGAAGCAACAUGUGAACAGGAACAACAGCCAGAAGAGAACGCGAAUCAAGUAACAAUGAAAUUCGCCGAAGAAAGGAAAGAAGAAGUAGAAGAAGCUCCGGCUGUUACCGCCACCGAACAGGAAUCUCGUCAGACCAUGAUGGAAACUGAAAUCUUGGAGAAGGAGAGAUCUGAAAUCGUUGCGGAAAAUGAAGGCGGUAACAAUCUCAAAGAGUUCAUCGAAGAUGAGGAGAACGAGGACAUGGAAAAGGACACUUGUAAAGACGAUAAACAAGACGCAGUUAUUGUGAAAGAUACGGUUAGCGGAGACAUGGAAAGUGGCGAAAAGAAUUUAGAAAAAUCAGAAAUAGAUUCGAUAGAUACGGUUGUCGCGAUCGAAAAAUCAGAGAUGGAUUGCGUAAUAAGCGCAACUUCCCAGGAACUACAAGAAGAGGUAACAAAUGGUAAUAAAUUAUUGACAGUUAUGAAUUAUGAAAGCGAGUCCAAUGACGAUGAUGGUAGUGAUGACGUUUUCGAACCUGAUCUGACACAAGUGAGCGAUUCUAAGGAUGACGAUGUAGCAAUCCAGGAGAGAGAAAUGGACAAAAGCAUGCAUGAAAAUUCGGCUAAGGAAGAAAAUUUGGUUAAGGAGGCUGAAGUCAAUAUCACAGAUUUGACUUGUGACGUGCCCCACGAACAGCCGCCUGCUCAGCACGAAGUCGACGAAUGUCCAGAAACAAAAAUUAACGAAGCAUCAAAUGAAAAAUCUACGGUUGUAGAACAGGAGGAUGUGAAAAUUACCGCGCAGGAAUACACUGAUGAAACGCAGAUUAAACCUACUUGUAAUAACAUUGAGUGUCUUUCGAACGAGCCAACGAUGCCUUUAAACACGGAUAGAUUUCAAGAAGAAACGAGCGAUAUUCGUGAUAUUUUCAUUAAUGACCAAUCGGAAGCAUCGGAGGUAUCUGAUGCUACGACGCCUUUAGCGGAUCCAGUGGCGGAAGGAACAAUGGAAUCUCUUUUGAGUAAAAAUUCCGAGAUUAUUACCGGCGAUAACGAAAAAGGCGAAGAACAUCCGAAUAAUUUGAUCGACAACACGAAAACGGCAGAAGAGACGGAAAACGUUAAAAUGAGAACGGAAAAGACUGAGUGUUUGAUAUCCAAGAGUGUUGGCGACCGUUUGAACGAAGACGACGCGAGUAAUCGUGAGAAAUCGUCGUUUGCGCGCGAUAACUUGGAACUUAAUGCCAUAGGUGGUCAAGCAACGGAUGCCGAGGAUACGUUUUCUGCGAGAGAGCAGCAUACGGACGAGAAACUGAAUGUGAGCUUCGAUGCAGAGGAUACCGCGAGACAAAGAGAUACGAGUGAACACGCGUCCGAGGAAUUGCCAGUCCCGUGCAAGAGACUCAAAGAGGAUCUCGCCGAAUACGAUAGCAAAGAUACCAAGUGGAAUGUAAAAUCUCAAUUGCACGAAGAAAGUUUAACUAAACUCCCAUGGAAGGAAGAAUUCAUGGACGUGAAUAUACCGAUUCAUCAAGCUGUUUGUCCGCCAGAAUCGAACGUUAUGCCAUCAAAGCUGGACAGUGUGUUAACCGAGGAUAAGUCGCAGUGUAAAACUGAGAGCGCAAGCUUAGAAACCGUGCCUUCGGACACUUUGUAUUACGCGAAUUCAGUGUACACGAAGAUUGAAAAUGUUAACAACUUGGACAGCAGCAACGAUCAAAAUGAGUCUCUUAAUACAAAUGUGAAUAUAAGUAAAAUUACAGACAAUUCUAGCAAAAGUUCGCCGUUGAAUACGAGUGAUGAAUCGGCAUUUCUCGUUCAGGAGACCAUUUCGGAAAUUGGAACGAUAAAAUCGGAUGCCAAGAAAGAAGCUAGCAAGAGAUUGAUCGACGCCUCGGACGUAGAGGAUAUUCCUCCACUAAAAUCUAAACCACAGUCUCCGUACGUGGAGACUGUCGAGACGCUAGAAAAGAAGACGCCAGAAGAUACGGCGAGUACCGAUGUACAAGCGACCAAGUCAUUAGAUACGUUCCAUGAAAUUGAAAAUUUCAAGUCACAGCUCAAAGACGAGACGAAAACAGCGGUAAUCUGUACAACGCAAUUAUUUCAAAAUGAUUUUGACAUGGUUAAUGAUACCGCAUCAACUGCUGCGACGUCGGUGGAGGAUUCUACAAAGAAGGAAUCAUUGGAGAUCCAAAGUGUCGAGAUGAAACCGGAAGCUGUGCUUUCUGAUGAUUCAAGUGGAGCCGACAAUGAAAGCGGUCUUAAUCUAGAUCCAGCAGAGGAUGCUGAUCCCUUGGCGUGUGGUAACGAUGAUCCUCUGAAGAUUGCCGAUAUUGCCGAAAAUGACGCUUCCAAGAUAAGCAUUCGCGUGAAGUCAGUAUCCGAGAUGGUUUACGAGGGAUGGAAAUUGGACAGCACUACGGAGGCGCCGAAAAUCUCGCGAAAGCGACGAAACAGCGCUCACGAGUCCAACUCCGAGGACGGGAUCGCAAAAGAGGACGAAGAGAUGAUGGGCGGUAAGAGGAUGAAGUUACGCGCGAAACGAAUGCCCGAUAAGGAAUUACGAAAGUCCGUCGAGGAGAACCGCGAAAUGGCAGUGAGCUCCGAGGACGAGGCCACAAAGUGCGGCUCCGAUAACGUGACGGAGCACCCUAAUAAAGACGGUAGCGAUGAUCCCAGUAUCAUGCAAUCGAUGGUGAUCGAUAAGAAGAUCAGAGGUCGUCCUCGAGGUAGACGGAGGCGCGGCUUUCGAGGUGGCGGGCGUCCCAAUCGGCCGAAACUUACGGACCUUCAACGUGAUCAAAUAUCGGAAGUAUCGUCUGGCGUACAUCCCGAUGGAGCUCCGAAUGAUUCGGGCACGACUUCUAUGACGCAGAAGACGCGGAAGAAACGGAAAAUGGUUCUAGGCUUAGAAAUCGGCAGAGACAUUUCGCUGGAAGCGCAAAGUGCUCCGAAACAGGACGAGACACCCGUCAGACAGUCGAGAAGGAUAGCACAGUUAAAGAUCAAGGAACAAGCGGAUCGACGGAGAAUCGAAGAAGAGACCAUGCGUGAAUUGGAAGAGAAGAAAGAAUCUGAAAAGAAGAAAAGAAAGAAGCAGAAGCCGGAAAGCGAAGACGAAAUUAUUUUAUAUCCAAAAGAAAUUGAAAAAGAGAACAAAUCCAAGAAGAAACGGCGAAAGCGCAAGAAAAAGAAGAUGCUGGCAAAAUUCAACGAGGCAAACCCGUGGCAGAGUUCAUCCGGAUCCAGCAGCGACGAGGAGAAUGAGAACGAAGACGAGGAAGAGGAAGAGGAGGAGAUUGAGAGCGAGGGAUCGUUACUCUUUAAAAGUGACCACGAAUUUUCUCCCGAGAGCGAUCUCGAGAAGGAUCAGGAGUCGGAACCGUUACGUCGUGCUAGAACUGCUCAGAAGGCUCAAAGCGACGUUGAAGAAGCCGAGGAUGAGUACGCCUGUCAAAAGUGCGGCAAAGCCGACCAUCCCGAAUGGAUUCUUCUGUGCGAUUCUUGCGACAAGGGUUGGCACUGUUCGUGUCUCAGACCAGCCUUGAUGCUUAUACCCGAGGGCGAUUGGUUUUGUCCACCAUGCCAGCAUAACCUGCUGGUGAUCAAACUAGGGGAGACUUUGAAAACAUUUGACCAAGUAUCCAAGAGGCACGAGAAUGAGGUACUGCGGAAGAAGCGAUUGGCGUUCGUUGGUAUAAGUUUAGAUAACGUGCUUCACAAAGGUGAGCCGCAACGCGGAUCGAGGGGAUCGAAAGCGUCCAGUCAAGAAUCGAAUAACGAUUCAUCGGAUUCGUCCUCCUCGGCCUCCAGUUCCGAAACGUCGAGCAGCGAGGAGAGCGAACCCGUUUAUCAGUUACGUGAACGUCGAUGCGCCAAUACUUAUAAAUUCAACGAAUACGAUGACAUGAUUAACGCCGCGAUUCAGGACGAAGUUGAAGCGGUUCAAGGUGCCGGAAACCAAGGAAGAGGCAAGGAUAUCGCAACGAUAGUCAACGCGGAAAAGGAAGAGGCCCAAGCUGAGGCGUUAAAGAUGACGCAAUUGGAGGAGGACAAGGACGAUGUGGAAUCGAAACCGGAAAAGGAAAGUGACGACGAAUAUAAGAUUGAAAACGAUGACAUGGACAAUGAGGAAAUGGAAGAGGAACAGAGUACAGCUAGAAAGUUGUUGGCACGUAAGAAGCACCGAAAGCUAAACAGUCUCGAUAUCAGCAGUGAGGAUGAUCCGGAGAGUGACGAGGAUUUCAAAGGUACGAGUUCUGAAGAAGACGACUUUGACGAUCAUCACAUCUCGUCGUCCGAUGACAGCAGCUUAGCUGAUGUAAAACGGCGCCGUAGAAAGAGUGACUUGCGUCCUGUACGAAGAUCUACCAGGGCGCGUAUGACCAGAGCCUACGAUGAAGAUUUUAUUAAUGAUGACAGCGAGGAGAGUGAUCGGCCAAAGAGAAAGAAAUCGCGAUCGCUUUGGGGAGAUUCGGACAGCGAGGACAGUGAUAAUUCAUGGAGACAGAGGAAGAAAAAAAGUCGGACGAUACCGGCGUCCAGAGUUAGGACAAUACCCAAACCAAAGGGCAAGAAGAAGAAGAAGAGAAAACGUAUAAUAGAAUCCGACAAUCAAAGCGAGAACGACGAAGAAUACGAACUGAAAAUUGACGGACAUCAGUUACAGGACGUACAUAAUCAGUUCACUGAGCUGCUGAACGUUGAUAAACAGGAGAAUUUGGAAAAUAACGCUGGCGAGAAUAACGUCGAAAUAAAAGAUGAGGGAGGACUGCAAGAAGUAGUCUCGGCGGAAAUGACGAUUCAGCAAUCGCAAGAGGGGGUGAUGCCGAUCCAGAAAAUCAAAAAAGAUAUUGUGCCUAAACCGAAGAAAGCUAUUCGACGAAAGAUUAUUUAUGGCGGACUUCCAGAUGAGAACAGACAAAAAGAAGACGAAAUACUGAGUAGAAGAACCCGCGGACGAAAAAUUAAUUAUCGAGAGGAGAUGGCAUCGGAUAGCGAGGAAGAACUGAAGAAGGCGCUAAUGAUGAGAAAGACUGGUGAGAGCGAAGACGAGUUUGUAGUGAACGAAGCUGACGAUAUGAAUGACGAAGGGGACAAGGAUUCCGAUUCAGGAGACGUAUAUAUUCCCAAGAAAAAUGCUCUCAAGUUUAAAAACAAGUCACCGAAGGCGAAGAAGCCACGGAACAGCAAAAGUCCUGCGGCAAAGCGCAAGUCAUUGUCUGACGACGUACCGAAACAGAGGAAGAAACCUGGUCCAAAGCCAGGUAGCAAGAACAGAGCGCGUAAGCAGAAACUGAAGGAUGACGGUGAUGGGGACAUGAUUGGCGCAGUCAUGGACAAUCCUAUCGGCGAUAUAACGACUAAAAUUGAUGAAAAUCUUACGGACAACGUCGGAUUAACUGGGACAACAAUGUCGGUGGCCAGUUCGUUCACCGGGGACGUACCCGAGGGCUCGCUGACGGGUCUCGGUGCCGCAGAAUUGGCUGACUUGGAUGACGAACAGCUCGAGCAGAUGAUGAUGGACGAAGAGUAUGGACGACGACAGUUGGAACUUGCAGCGAUCGAGAUAGCGAAGAAAAAGAAAAAGGAAGAACGUGAAGCCAAGAAGUUAGAGAAGGCACGCCUGAAAGCCUUGGAAAUAUUGGCGGCGGAGAGGCAGAGAGAUCCUAACGCGCCCGAAGGAACGGAUAGCGAAGCGCCUAAGAAGAAGAAACGUGGACGUCGCAGCAAAGCCGAAAUAAUUGCCGAGCAGAUGCGUAGAGACGGCGCGCCGAAUCUCGGGAUCGCUCCGGCAGCAGUCGGUGGCGUUGUCGGCAUUGGCGGCAGCGGCGUUGGCGGGAUCGGUACGCCGACGAACGGUGCAGGUAACAUGCACAACAUGAACUCUGCUGCUUUAUCCGCUGGUCUGACACCAGAAAUCGAGCGGAACGUGGAAGGAGGACAUAUGUCUCUCAUGACCGGGCCAGACGCGCAACUAUUCAAUCCGGACGGCAUGCCGGUAAGGCCGAAACGGCGUGGUCGUGGCAAGGGUAAGAAAACGCUGGCGUUGGAAGCGGCCAGGGCAGCGGAAGCGGCUAAGGUGGUGGUCGAUGUCAACUUGAUCGCUGGCAUGGGCACAGAUUCGAAUCCGGAAUUGAAGCAGAACGAUAUCCCGAAUGUUCUUCCCACACCAGGCAGUAGUACGUCUGGCUCUGCACCAUCCACACCGCCGGCAAGCGCUGUCCCAACACCGGGACCACCGUCGACGCAACCUUCGAACGUACAGCCGGUUUAUCCAUCGUUACCACCCGGUGGCCAACAGUCUUCCGUCAUCACGAGGAUGCUUCAGUCCCAACCGGUAUCCAGCAGUCCGCAGUCGUUUACGGCAGCAGCUGCCGCCAUGGGUCACAAGUACUUUGGCGGGCCUAAUACCGGCGGACAAAUAAUGGGCGGUCCGCGAACGGGAUACGAGAUGCAACCGCGUGCCAGAAUCCCGUCACCGUACAGACAAGCGGGUCAAUCAUCUAUGCCGCCGCAUUUUGCCGCGGUUAGAUCGGGCACGCCGCCGAUGCGUAUGCGAGUACCCGGUCCGCAGAUGUAUCACACGCCCCAUCAUCCGAUGGAUCCAUCACCAUCGGGCGGUGGGCCGAUCUCCAUCAACAACAGAGAUCGCAGCUCACCCUUGACACCCGGCGGACCGGCGAUGAUUCCACCGUCAGCCGGCAGCCCGCUGGCAAAGGGCGGCCCGACGCCACCGCCACCACCUCCGUACGUGCGAGGAGGUCCGCCGAUGGCUAGGUUCACCGAGAAUCCUAUGGGACCCAGGCAUCAGAUGCCGCCUUUCACUAACGCUUCGCCCGUCAAUCACAACAUGCAACAACCCUCGCCGCCACCCAAUCGACCACCCGGCAAUUUCUCGCCGUAUCAUCCACCUCCACCUCCCAAUUACCACUACGGUGCCUAUCCACCACCUCCGCCGAUGACCACGGCGGAUGACGCGGCUGCCUAUCAGGGCUCACCGUAUCCCUCGGAGCACUUCUCUUCGCCGGCAGACAGCCAGCCACCGAUCCAGGCACCGCCACCGCCUCAGGCGCCGCCACCGCCGCCGCAGCAGCAGCAACAGCAGCAGCAGCAGCAGCAGUCACACCCGGGCGACGAGGAAGGCACCGGCGAAUUUGGUGGUCUGGUAUCUUACUUCAGUAGCCAGAGAGAGGACGAUCUCGAUUCGUAGCAUGAGUGAGAGCUUGGCCAACCCUGAACCGUUAGGUACGAAGAGAAAGAGUCGCGUAUGCGCGCCUUCCGCUCUUCAUAUCACGCCUAGGUAAGAUCACAAUUUUUGCUACAGACAGACAUUGGGAUAACGGAUAGCAUGGUCGGCGCACGAACGAUAAUCUCCAGGAGAUUUGCGAGGAUGAUGUAGGCACACGCCAAGAGUGUGUAGAGCUCGAGGUCGAGUCUUGCUCUUCGAUCUCUUAAGUAAUCAACUGUCCCGUGAUCCUUGCGUUUCUUAACGGAGAACGUAGCCGAAGGCAGAUCCAAGGUUGGCCAAGUAUAGUGCGAACGAGGAGAUAGAGUGGAGCGACGCGGAUUCUAUCUUCUAAGAGUUGUAAGUUUUUCUGUAAUUAGCUUUCAGUUCGUUUAACUUUAAAUACGACGGCGUACGAGACCGCGAGAGCUCUGUGGCGGUCGUCUGCGGUGAACGACUGCGAGACGAAAGAUCUGACCACAAUCACUUUUCACUAUUAUUCAUUAUUAUAGUCCGCCGUAUGGAAAUGCGAGCAAAGUUAUCUCUUCGAGGUGAUUUUUGAUGCUAAGAUGCCCUUACUUCGCGCGAGGUAGUCGCUGGUACGAUGUAUGCUGGUGGACACAGAUUGGUCUUUAAUAGUGAUGAAAAAAAGGACUAAAAUUGUCUGAAUGAGAUAGACGAUGAGAUAGAUGAUGCCGUUGUUAAUGUGUACAUAUGUAAAUAUGCCCUAUGAGUCCUUUAGAUUAUAUUACAUGUAUUAUAUAUAAACACACACGCAGAGACACAGGCAGUCGUGCAGAAUAUUAUAAGAGAUAUAAGAAAAUGAAUUAGUGCGCAAAGGGCACAAAUGUAAUAUUUCAAUUUAAUCCAAAAAAAUGGCAUCUGAGUAUAAUAAAUUAACAAAAAA